UAAUUGAUCACUUCUGCGUUUUGAACGGGAGCCGUUUUCCGUCCGAAUCAUUAAAUGUACUUCUAUGGUUAUGAGUGCAUCUUAGAUUGUUCGUAAAUAAUAGCUUAUUACGCGCUAGCAGGUCGACGUGGUGCAUGGACUGUUACCUCCACACGCAUCACACAAGGUUCAAUGCUGCCGCUUUCUGUCAACCUCGGGGAGAGGCUUUCGGAUAACAUCGUCCGCAGUGAAGGAUUUAUCAAAUGUAUUUGUCAAUAUUAAGACUGUUAGAUGUAUCAAGGAUAAACAAAUGGCUUCAAAACAUGUGCAUAACAGCCUCGAUUAUUUAAUUGUCAGCGGAAUAAACAAUGCUCCCGCUUUUGGCUCGAUUGAAUGGAUAGGUGUGGGAAUGGGAGCCACCUUAUGUUUCCAGAAAAACGGAAAGACAUUGGGACUGGAUCGAAUGUGGACUAAAUAUAUUUUAUCAGUUGGAAUGGUUUUGCUUUUAAUGCAGUCUGUCGUAGCUGCUGAUGAUGAAGGGCACGACAACGGGUCAUCAGGACAUGCAGCUCUGCCUCAGGACCCAGCUGUGCCCUCUAACCUCUCUGCCAGGGCAACGCCAGUGAAGGAUUGGCUCCUGGGCGCUCUAGCCGUGCCCACAGACCCAUCAGGGGCGACAGCAGAGAGCACCAGAGAGCAGCCAGGGUUCUCCUCUGUACUGACCCUGCUGGCUAGCUCAGACCAAGAGCCACAGGCCCCAGUGCAACCAUCAGUACUAGCUAAUGCCUCCUCAGCCAUCAACAAUGACAAUCAAACAGCAGGAACAACAGACCCUUUGUCGUUAGCCCCUGUAGCCAACAGCACCUCAAACACCAGCUCAGAGGAGGCGGUCAGCAGUUUGCCUGCAAACCCAGAUUUACCAACAGUCCCAGUGUCCUCUCUGGCCACCCUGGGGGAGGGCGACUCCACCCUCCCAGACAAUGUGACUAGUCCUUUCUCUACUCACACAUGGAACACCACCAAACCUGCAAGGGCUGACAACUACACCACUAUACCAUCCACCACAGCGGCACACACCAACCCAACACCAGACACUGUGACCAAUGACAGUCUACAGCUCACGACUGUGACCACCACGACCGUCACGCCCCUGACCGUGACCACCACAACUGUGACACCCCAGACCACGACAGCUUUGACCACAGAGGCGGUUACGACCAUACCCCGGACCACUACGACCACACAGGAAGUGACCACCUUCCAAGAAACUACAUUGAUGACAACCACAACUGACCCACCCACCACGGCGACGACAACCACAAGUGCUUCCACUACCACAAACGCUCCCACGACAAGUACACCUACCACUGCACCGACCACCACUUUGACUGUCCCCACCACCACAGAAACCACCCCUGGACCAACCACAACUGAAUCUCCUCCCAUCAGUGCUGAAGAGGAACGUCAACCAUGUAACAUCACUGAGAAGACCUGGGUCAAAACAGUGUUGUCUAUGCAGUUGAGGAGGAAAAGGCUUGAUAUCAUUGUGAGGCAGAAUCUGUCUAAAGGACUCACCCAUGCUCUACAGAGGGCCUUCAAUGACACCAAUGUUUAUGUCCAGAUUGAACGGGAUCUCUGCAGCCCUCAUAAUGUCACCCUUGGGUACUAUGUAGCCAGUGGGAAAAUGGUCUACAUCGCAUCUGUGGUGGUGGAGACAGUGAAGGCUUAUGGUUUUGACAAAGUGCUAGCAGACAUCCGGCAGCACAGUCCUCUGGUGAUGGCUGUUCUGCUCCCUGUGGCCCCCUGGGCCCCUAGCCUCAGUGUCCAUCUGCAGCUCAAAACAGUUCUCAGGUUCGUAGGUCCAGCGGACCGCAUCAACUCCUGCAGUUUUGUUCAGAUGAUGGAGCAACGGCUGGAGAAUGCGUUUGAGGAAGCUCAGGACAAAGUGAUGGAAUCUUACAGCGGGCUCUCUGUUGAGAUCCAGAGCACCUCCCAAGCGAUUGGCUCUCCUGCCGUAUCUCUGGUCUAUGUGGUCAAGAACCAGGCCGCGAUCCUGAAUGGAACCGUCUCCAGCGGUCUCCUGAAUCAGCUGACCGCAGAGCUGGUGGGCUACUUCCUCUUCUUCCCGCCCCUCGUCAUUGCUGAGCCACUAGAAUACCACAACCUCAAUACAUCCACUGCCACCAAGCACUACUGGGUGAUCACAGUAAUUCAGGAUGUUGACAGCUCAUCUCUGGAGAGGAAUUAUCAGAGCUUUGCUAGUUUAAUGGAGCAGCGGCUGGCUGAGCUGUUUUUGGUGGCUGGGCGUCAGGGGAGCCAGGGGAGCCAGGGGAGCCGCUUUAGAAGGGCCACCACUGUUGGGGACUACACCGUCCAGAUGGUUGGUAUUCGUCGGCUCCCUGGGCCAAAGAAUCCUGCCGAAAUGACCUACUAUGCCCAACUGAACGGUGCCCCCAUAACUGGCACCACUGCAGCCAAGACUCUCAGUACCUUGGAUUCCCAAACCAUGGCUCUAACCCUGGGCUACUUUAUCCAGCGCCAAGCCGAUCCUGUGGUAAAGGUCCCGCCGGCCAAUCUGUGGAUCAUGGCCGUGCUGACGCCUGUUGCCCUGGUGAUGGUUGUUGUUGUCAUGGUCACCGCCAUCCUGUGCAAGAGGAACAGGGUCAUCUUCAAGACGGGCGCUUUCAGGAGCUUCAAAACACGCUCUAAGACGUCCUAUCGGAGGGAGGGCAGUUAUCACCACCAGCCUGUGCAGGGAUUUGACUAUGCCAAGAAGCAUAUGGGCCAUCAGCAAGGUGAGGAGACCAUCUCUGUUACCAAGGAGACGAUGGUCCUGGGCCUCCCGGUGAGAGAUGCCCCAUUGUCAUUGGACAGGAAGGUGCACCAGGAUGGGACCACUUCUAAAAGACCCCCUUCUGCUGACAUCAUCCACAAAGGGUUGCCAAGCGAGGACGGCUCAGUUACAAGCAAUGAAUCCGGGAAACUCAACACGGGCAAGAGCUCGAUGGUACGGAGGCCUGCGGUACAGAACAGCGCCAAGGAGGAUCUACUACACAAGAGGAACGCAGAUCCCUAUGAGGACCACACUGGCUCACUGCGACUCAUCACCAUCAAGCCAAUGGCGGCCCAGCCCACAUACUCCUACCCAUCCUCCUCCAGUCACAGCCAGGACUCAGUCGUCCUCAAUGGGGAGGCAAAUGUGGGGCUCAAGCAGAAGUCCGACAUCGAACACUACAGGAACAAACAACGGCAGAAAGCCAACAGAAAAGGCUACUGUGAUUUCCCUGUUACAGACAAUGGCAUCCACCCAUUCAACCCCAGAGAGAGGCACAGCAGGCAUGAGAAUGCCAAGGAGCCAAUGACUGCUGAGGAGAAGAGGGCAUCCUAUGCAGGAUGCCACAUCAGGAGGAAUCCCCCAUCCAGAGAGCCAGCCUACUGGAGCCGUCAGUCCCUGGCUGCCAGCAGCUCUGGCCCCGUGGAGACCGAGAUGGACCUGCUGGUCCUCAGGGAGAGGUCUAGAAGAGGGAUCCGCAACAGCGGCUAUGACGUGGAGCCGCUUGAGGAGACCAACGUGGACCGACUGAUGAGCUCCCUGGGUUAUGGUGGAAGCCAUCAGGUCAAGGGUCUCUCAGACUCGUCCACUCUGAGCUCUCAACCUUCCAUCGGUGAGGUCCGUCAGCAGAUGCAGCUCCUGCUGGGUAAUGCCUUUGGGCUGGCCCCAGAUGAGGCCCUGCCCUCCAACCACCACCACCCCCACAUUCACCCCCACCUCCACAGUUCCUACAACCCCAGUCACACCAGCCCCUACUCCGAGGGAGUGACCAGUGCCCCUGGCACCAUGAACCACCCAUGUGGAGGAGGCCGCCAGCAUGGGUCUGCCUACGGGCCGGAAAUACACCAGUGUAGCUUACCCAAGCCUGGUUUCAGGUUCACUCAACUUCCUGACAUGUGCGUUGGACCUCCGCCCACUCUGAUCCCCUCCAGACCUGGACCCCCUCCCGGGACCUCAAUGAGGCGUUCUACACCCGACAUCAGCCUGAAACCUCGCAUUUCUGAGGCUUCUGAGAUACAGAAUCAGCACAAUGGUGCCACCUACCUGCCUAUCAACAGAGCGCCCUUCCCUGCUGUCACUGUUGACCAGUCCAUGACCAGCUACUCAGGAAACCCAAUGACAGCAGUCUACGCCAUAUCAGCCAACCACCCUGGUUACUCUGACUACUUUGUCAUGUCUCCACCAUCGUCGUACGGAAGCCCAUCUUGGAUGUCCUACCCACCGGAACCUGAGGACAUCCCACACCAGUGGAAUGAUACUGUAAAUACUAACCCGUGUCAUUUAGAAACCAUUUGUUGAGAUGACCUGAUCUCUGGCACUGAGUGGAAACAGCAUAUAUCUUGGUGUCCUAUCGGUUGGGCAGCAGGGCCUCCCUCCCUCACAGUGAGUACCCCUGGACUAGAGCACCCUGCCCUCACUGUCACCCCUGGCACCUGCUGGCCUCCGGCCUGCCUCCUCAGCCCAUCCAGGCCCCACAUGGUCUCUGAGCCCCAGGUCACACAGGCCUCACAGCCUCCAUGUCAACUGCCACCAGCCAGCGGAGGAUGGCCUAGAGUAGAGCAGCAGCAUGGUAAUGCCACAUACAGCCUCUGCCCUGGUCCACACCAUCCAACGACAGAGCUGGACUGCCUGUGCUUUUUGAUGAUCCAAAUUCUUUAAAGGAAAGAAGAGUUUUACCUACUAAACUGAUGGUUUAUGUGUAUUUUUUAAAAUGACAAAAAAAAUAGUAUCUAACUCAUCUUGAGCUGUUUCAGUUUUUGGAUAUUUGUGUGCUUUGUCAUUUACUUUUGUGCAUUACUUCUUAUUUUGAAUGAGUAAAACAUUUAAUGAGUGUAUCUUGUGUGCUCACCUUAAUUUAAGGAAGACAUUUGUGCAAGAAAAGCUUUGGUGUGAUUGGCAUUGUCAUUCUGUAUUUCUGAAAUGUACCCAUGACCUUCAACCCAUCAGAUUACAGUAAAAAAAACACGUGUUCUGUCAUUCAUAUGUUAAUGAGGUGGGUCUACUAACCAUGAUUAUGAAAAGCUGAAUAGAGUCAUAUAUUGCAGCACACAAAUGAUCUUACAAUGGUUCUUUACUUGCAAGUGUUAUUAUGUAUUUGUAUUUGGAGAUUCUGACUUAUAUUGGGUCAUAUUCAUUCACUGGACAGAGUGGUAAUUAAUCAGAUGUGUUGGAUGGGCCACAGGAGUAUUUAUUCAAUUUAUUAUGGAACAUGACAGCAUUAAUUAUUGAAGAGACUUUUACAAGCAGUGAGAGAGAGAGAGAUUUUCUGUGUAUAUUUUGACACAAUUUUCUUGACAUGUUGACUUGCUUUAAUGCAUUUUGAAUUUGAAGGACGGACAGGUUGUUUUGAAUCCUAUUUUCAAAUAUGUCAAGUGUACCAACACUUAGAUGUCUAACUACCAGGAUCAUCUAGUGUAAAACAUGACCACAUUUCAAAUGUAUUAAUUCAUGUAAGUGCAUAUGCUGGUAUAUGCAUAUACACAAAUACUCACUGGGUCAUAACAUAAGCAAAAUGAUGCAUAAUGCUAUGUUUUACUAGUAUUUACUGAAUCGCCUGGAUUUCAAAACAAGGAUAAUGUGAUGGCUUGGGCUCUUUACCAUGUAUAUGCUACUAGUUGAGUUAAUCAGUGCAGUUCAGUGUAGAUCAACAACCACAAAACAUGUAACCAGACUUGAUUUGUAUUACUGUGAUAUUGCUGAUAUUGAAUAUGUAAUAAUGACAUAGCAUUGGAAAGGUUUUUACAUUUAAAAAUGGUGACAGAAUCAGGUUUAAUGUGAUGAUAAAAAAUAAAAUACAGUUUGAUCCAUCACAAAGUAGGGACGUUAUUAGUUUAGUCUGAUAUUAGAUGAACAGAGCACUUUCUCAUCCUGAGUUACUGACCCCACAAAACUGCAGUAUCAAUGCAAAUACUUUGUUAAGCAUGCAAUAUUAAUAUCGAAAAUAUUAGAAUAACUGCUUUUUAACAAAUUAUGAGUCAUACUCAAAAUUAUAAAAAGAUGCAAAUGCAUAGUCAGUAUCUGGUCCAUUUGUUUGACUGGGUAGGUGUCUUCAAAUGCAUAGUCAGUAUCUGGUCCAUUCGUUUGACUGGGUAGGUGUCUUCAAAUGCAUAGUCAGUAUCUGGUCCAUUCGUUUGACUGGGUAGGUGUCUUCAAAUGCAUAGUCAGUAUCUGGUCCAUUCGUUUGACUGGGUAGGUGUCUUCAAAUGCAUAGUCAGUAUCUGGUCCAUUCGUUUGACUGGGUAGGUGUCUUCAAAUGCAUAGUCAGUAUCUGGUCCAUUCGUUUGACUGGGUAGGUGUCUUCAAAUGCAUAGUCAGUAUCUGGUCCAUUCGUUUGACUGGGUAGGUGUCUUCAAAUGCAUAGUCAGUAUCUGGUCCAUUCGUUUGACUGGGUAGGUGUCUUCAAAUGCAUAGUCAGUAUCUGGUCCAUUCGUUUGACUGGGUAGGUGUCUUCAAAUGCAUAGUCAGUAUCUGGUCCAUUCGUUUGACUGGGUAGGUGUCUUCAAAUGCAUAGUCAGUAUCUGGUCCAUUCGUUUGACUGGGUAGGUGUCUUCAAAUGCAUAGUCAGUAUCUGGUCCAUUCGUUUGACUGGGUAGGUGUCUUCAAAUGCAUAGUCAGUAUCUGGUCCAUUCGUUUGACUGGGUAGGUGUCUUCAAAUGCAUAGUCAGUAUCUGGUCCAUUCGUUUGACUGGGUAGGUGUCUUCAAAUGCAUAGUCAGUAUCUGGUCCAUUCGUUUGACUGGGUAGGUGUCUUCAAAUGCAUAGUCAGUAUCUGGUCCAUUCGUUUGACUGGGUAGGUGUCUUCAAAUGGAUAGUCAGUAUCUGGUCCAUUCGUUUGACUGGGUAGGUGUCUUCAAAUGCAUAGUCAGUAUCUGGUCCAUUCGUUUGACUGCUGUAGGUGUUUUCAAAUGCAUAGUCAGUAUCUGGUCCAUUCGUUUGAUGGAUACCAAACAAAUGGAUACCAACUGUUUCUACCUAGUUUGAAAAAAAAAAUGUAACUAUUUUUCUACAAAAAUAUGAAACCAUUAUUUUGACGUUUAAGCGUAAUAUUCCAAAGGAAGUAGGAUACAUGUAAAAAGCCCAAAGACAUUUAGAGAAUCUGUGUGAUUUGCUCUGUAAUACUACAUAAAAUGUCUACUUUUACUGCUCUACACAUAUACUGGUAAAACAUUCUUCCUCUACUAGAUUUAGUCACAGUAAAGUUUCACUAAACAAUGUUGAUGAGACUUGAAAAAUAAUUAAAAUGGAGCCUAUGAGUUGAACAUCUUUGCCUUUAUCAAGCACAAACAAUCUGUUUGAUGCUUGGAAUUGUCGUCAUUGUAACUUGUAUCGCUAAGAGACAAAAGGCACUCCCAUUUGUUGAAAAUAAUAUCAUUGGUAUGUUCAGUUACCCAUAUUUGAAGCUAAUGAAGGGGAAAAUGUGAUUGAGUUGAACAGUCAAAAGGAACAUAAUGAAAGAGUUGACAUAAGUUGAUGUACUCCUGAUGCUUUUUUUACCUCAUUUCUCUGAGAUUAAAUGUGAUGAUUAGCCCCGGAGGUUUCUGAAGGCACAGCAGUUUGAAUCAUGUUAUGAAGAAUGCAGUUGAAUGUAGUUAUGCAGAAUUUUGGUGAAAUAAAACCCAAUAAAUUACA